GGCGGAGCGCGCCGCCCGCUCCAUCCCUGCCCAGAGCGGAGCCGGCGCGCGCGCAGGACCUCAGCGAACCGAGCGGAGCCACCUCAGCGGCAGCAGCUCCAGCUUCUCUGUGUGCCUUUGCAAAACCAGGAUAAAGUGCCAGGCAUUUGACUUCUCUGCGCCGCCUUUGCAAAGUGGAAUAACCAUGACCACCUUGAAGGCUCCACUGAUUCUCCUGCAGGACUCAAGAUGAGGUCAUGGCCCAUGCUCUCCCGUGGACCCCAGAUGGAGAGGCCGUAGUAAUUGACCCCCAUCACGUCGUGGAUGGGAGCAGCCACCUGCUAUGGAGAAGGCUGCAGCCAUGUUUCCACCUGAUGCCUCCCACAGAAAACCAAAGCCACCUCCAGACUCCUGCCCCAGUGCCUCAGUCUCCAUGCCCAAACUGGAGAGUAGAAAUCUGCCCCGCCCUGGGAGGAAACCGGCUCUGCAGGAGGCUGUUUGAAGAAGGGGUUUGAACCAGGAACCUCACUUCGAGGACUCGCUGUCCCUCAUUUUUAUUCAAACUCAUGCCUGACACCUCCUAGGAAACGGCUUUAUUUAUUUCUAGGAAAACAGCACCGGGAUGAUCACUGCAGACUCCCCAGAUUUGGACACUUCUUUGGCUCUGCCCGGGAGCCUGGAGCCCAGAGGUUGACCUCACUGACACACUGGGGAGCAGGAAGAGAAUCAACGAGGGGCCUUGGGCAAAGGAAGGAGCCAUAGGGUCCCAGGAUGGCAUCCAACAGCACAGCCUCUUCCUCUUGUCUGGACCCUCUUGCGUUCAAGGUCACUGUCAGCUUGAUCCUCAUCCUCCUCAUCUUCAUCACCAUCGCCGGCAAUGUGGUGGUCUGCCUGGCGGUGGGCUUGAACCGCCGGCUCCGCAGUCUGACCAACUGCUUCAUCGUAUCCUUGGCCGUCACUGACCUGCUCCUCGGCCUCCUGGUGCUGCCCUUCUCGGCCUUCUACCAGCUGUCUUGCAGGUGGAGCUUCGGCAAGGUCUUCUGCGAUAUCUAUACCAGCCUGGAUGUCAUGCUUUGCACGGCCUCCAUCCUCAACCUCUUCAUGAUCAGCCUCGACCGGUACUGUGCGGUCACGGACCCCCUGCGCUACCCUGUGCUGAUCACUCCUGCCCGGGUCGCCAUCUCCCUGGUCUUAAUUUGGGUCAUUUCCAUCACCCUGUCCUUCUUGUCUAUCCACCUGGAAUGGAACAGCAGCAGGAUGGAUCCCAGCGGGGCCAAUCACACCAUCUCCAAGUGCAAAGUCCAGGUCAACUUGGUGUACGGCCUGGUGGACGGACUGGUCACCUUCUACCUGCCUCUGCUGGUCAUGUGCAUCACCUACUACCGCAUCUUCAAGAUUGCCCGGGAUCAGGCCAAGAGGAUCCAUAACAUCAGCUCCUGGCGGGCAGCCACCAUCAGGGAGCACAAAGCCACAGUGACUCUGGCCGCCGUGAUGGGGGCCUUCAUCAUCUGCUGGUUCCCCUACUUCUCUGUGUUUGUUUACCGUGGGCUGAAAGGGGAUGAAGCCGUCGACGAGACCGUCGAAGCCGUCGUCCUAUGGCUGGGCUAUGCCAACUCGGCACUGAACCCCAUCCUGUACGCCGCUCUCAACAGAGACUUCCGCACGGCAUACCAGCAGCUCUUCCGCUGCAGCCCCACCAGCCACAAUGCCCACAGAACUCCUCUGAGGUCCAACAGCUCUCAGCUGAUGAGGAAUCAAAGCCGAGAAACCAGGUGGCAGGAAGAGAGGCCCCUGAGGCUCCAGGUGUGGAGUGGCGCCGAGGUCGCCGCCGCCCAGGGAGCCACAGACAGGAAGCCAGCGCUGUCCUGCACCGUGUGCUCCAACAACCUUCUGAGCUGCUGCAAGAGCCUUUGGGCACUUAGGUUCCUCCAGAGACACGUGGGAGGCCCCUCCGAGGAACAGCCAGGGGAGCCGCUGGCCGAGGAGCCCCCAAAGACACCACCCCAGGAAGCGGUGAGGACACUGCCCUCCGAGGCUGUCUAGACCCAGCCUCUGGACGCUGAAGAUAUUGGCUCUUGGUCACCAAGAUUUGACUCCUGGAGCCACUAAGGGUCCAGCAGCACCCCCUCCCUCAAACCACCUAGCCUGAGCCUGGGGUCCUCCCGCCUAGGGUGGGGCAGCCUGGUCUGUGCCCUGACUCCCCUGGGUGCCUGCAGCUGCGCUGAAUCUCAUGGGUUCAAAGCUCACGCUGGUGCUGGCCCUGAGUCAUGAGCAGAGACCCGAGGACUUUCAGGGAUGCAAGCUCAGGUGUGUACACGGACGCGAAUGUGUGGAAACACGCGUGCCUUCUGAGCCUGGCAGAAAGUGUUGCCACGAAGCGAUCACGUCUCCCUCCCUUGUGGGUUCGGCAGAAUGAAGGGAGAGAGGGGAGAGGGAAGGAAAGGACAAGGAAGGACAUUAGCCUUUGAUGAAGACCUACUAUGCGCCAGGUACUUCACUCACAGGAGCUCAUGUAAUCCUUACAAUGUGCGGCAGGGACCACCUACCUCCCUUCACAGCGCUGGAGACUGAGGCUUCGAGAAGAACCAGGCCGGCCCGGGGCCCCUCAUCUAGAAAGUGUGCCUGGAAUGUGGGAGGCACUUGAGAAGUAGUUGUUGAAGGAAGAAGGGAACAGAUGAAUGGACAAACGGGAGGAUGGGUGUAAAUCCAGGCCUCCAGCCCAGGCUCUUGACACUACACUGCCUCUCUAGAGAGGCCACGGUAUGUCCUUGACUCAGCCAACCCUCCUGCUAGCGAGGCUCAGACCCAGAGCCUGGCUGGUGGGGGUGGGGGGGUCCCUUCAUGCUGCAGUACUCACCCUCUCUGGUGCUUUCCAUAAAGAAGGAGUGGCGUGGAGCAGACUUGCUGGGGAAAGUGUUUGGGGCCAUGAGGAGAGGCAGCUGGAGGCAGGGAGGGACGCAACAGGUGUGAAAAGGUGAAUUGGCCCUGCAGCGCCCCCUGCUGGAUGGAUGUGUGAUCUGGGCGUGGCAGUGGAUGCCUAUGAGCGGCCCUUUACUCCUCGGUCCAGUGGAGGGAAAGCUCCCCUUUCCUAUUUACAGGCUUGUCGAAGAGACCCAAGGAGGUGGAGGAGGUGACAGCCCCAGAAAGAUGAGGGUGUCCGUGGGCUCUCCUCGCUGCUGCUGCCCCUUCCUGAAUCCACCCUUCCCUGGGUUCCAAGGCUCCUUUCUGGCGUUCCCCUCCCAGUCCACUGGUACCUUUCAAGCCCUCUUCCUGCUCGCCAUCCUCUCCCCAGCCAUCAGAUGUGGCCACUCCCCAAGGCUCUGUCCUGAGCCUUCUCCUCUGGCUGCAAUUUCCAGCCCUCUGAGGCCUCGUCCACUCUGUCUCAUCAGAAGUUACCAGGAGUCUUAUCUCUAAUGAGAUUACUCACAGCUUUGCAUCUGGAUCCCAGGCUCCUUCUGUGAGCUUUCGACCAACUUUCACAGCUGCCUGUCCACAGCUGCACCUUGCCCUUCUUCCCGCACCUGCUCCUCUUCCAGGGUCCUCUUAGACAGAAGCUCUGCCAUUGCUUCCGAGGUCAAUCUUGGUACCAACCUUCUCCCAGCUCCUCAGAGUCCAUCCUCUCAAAUCCUGACUCCUCUGUGUACCACCCUUUACUUGGUUCUAUCCACCUGCCCUGUCAUCCCUCAAUCCCACUGCCAUCCCCUCCAUCAGGACAAUUGAAAUGGCUUCAUGACAGGUGCCCGUAUUCCCCACUUGCCUCCCUCCAGUCCACUCUCCACCCUGCAGCCACAGUGGAGCUGUGUGAACCACAAAACCAUGGAGAAUCCAUCUUACAGGAAGUCUGCCCACCCCACAGGGUCAGCCCUGACCGGCCCCUCCAACCUCCUCCUCCUCACGCUCCCCUCCAUCUCUUCACCCAACUCCACCGGAAUUCUCCUUCGAGCUUGUUCAUCUCACUGCUCCUUGCAGCUACCAGACGACACACAGCACUGUUCCCAUGACUUGGGAAGCUUCUCUUGCCUUUUCAGCCACAGGAUCUCAGAUGAAAUAUUACUUCCUGACCCUAUUAGUCCAGGCUUCCCACCCCCACCCUCCAGAACUGUCCUUGGAAGCCACAGGCAUGGUUGUCAUUUACAGUCAUCUGAGUGGUUCCCUGAUCCCUGUUCAUCUCCCCCACUCAGGAGGUCGAGUCCUGCCUGUUUUGUUGACCACUGGUGUCCAACCUUGUUGAAGACUGGCCUACACAGUAGGUGCUUUAAGUAGCUUAUUUGCUAAUAUACCUAAAGGCAUGAUUUGCCCCAAUGGCCCCCAGAGAUGCUCAGUCUUUUGGCUGGAUUCCUUCUGGACAUCCCAGAAUCCCCUCCUUGGAAGUUUUCCCAGGAGUCUGAGUCUCUGGGUCAUGGCCAAGUAAAUGGAGCAUAAAACUGGUCUGUCUGUCUGUCUGUCUGAUUGAUCACAGACUCAGCUGGUGAGGUCUGAGGUCCAGGUGCCCAUGUGCCCUCUGCCACUGCAGGUCUCUGAGCUGCCCCCACCCUCCUGGCGCCCCCUGUUGGCUGCAGAAGUGGGGCGCAUGCUGCCUGGAGGAGAAGCAUCUGGAGUGGGACCCCAAAUCCAUGUUUUGUGUUACCGUCAUGUUCCAAUAAAGCUAUCAAGACAGA